UCCCUCACUGCAAGAAGAAAAGCCACCCAUUCCUCCCCCUCCCCUACCUCCCAUCCUUUCCCCAGGAGCUGCCUUCCUCGCAGUCACGCCCCUUCCUUCCGAGGAGCUUUCUGGCUGCCUAAACUGGUAGACCCCCGAAUUACUCCUCCAUCUCCGCUCUCUUUCGCCUCUCCUCUUAGUUCCCACUGCCUCCCCCACACUGCCACCACCUCCAGUCUGUCUAGCUUCCCACCAUCCGCUGCUCCACCCUCCGGCCCGGUAUCCUGCCUGUCCUCUGCCACCAAGGAGAUUCCCGGACGGAGCAGCGACGAGGGGAGCAGCCGGGAGUUGGGGCUUCCCCCCUGCCCAUCCCUGGCCACUGGCCGGGGACCGAAGCCACUUCAGCGAGCAAAGAGUCGUCACCUUGUCUUCAUUGCCUUCAGGGACCCACUGAGAAGGAUAACAGAAGUGAAAGAGCUUUUGACUUCUUAGUAGGAAGACUGAGAAACUGAAGACUGACCAGUGGUUGGACUCUUGGCGGCGCUUACCCUGAACCUGAGUUUUAGGGGAGAGGGAAUCUGCCGGUGCGGUUUCUGGAGCUGCUCAUAAGCAAGAAUUCCCUAUCCUGAUCAAGGCUUUAAGCCUAAAAGAAAGCAGAAAUAGGUCAAGGGCAGCCCAGGUGCCCAAUUUCUCUCUCUCUUCACAAGGCACCACCGGCGAUAGAGAUGAGAAAUUCUGAAGAACAACCAAGUGGAGGAACCACAGUAUUGCAGCGUCUGCUGCAAGAGCAGCUUCGCUAUGGCAAUCCUAGUGAGAAUCGCAACCUGCUUGCCAUACAUCAGCAAGCCACAGGGAAUGGCCCUCCUUUCCCCACUGGCAGUGGGAACCCAGGCCCUCAGAAUGAUGUGUUGAGUCCCCAAGACCACCACCAACAGCUUGUGGCACAUGCUGCUCGACAGGAACCCCAGGGCCAGGAAAUCCAAUCAGAAAAUAUCAUCAUGGAGAAGCAGUUAUCCCCUCGAAUGCAGAAUAAUGAAGAACUCCCGACCUAUGAAGAAGCCAAGGUCCAGUCCCAAUACUUUCGAGGCCAACAGCAUGCUAGUGUUGGAGCUGCCUUCUAUGUCACUGGAGUCACUAACCAGAAGAUGAGGACGGAGGGACGUCCAUCAGUCCAGCGGCUCAAUCCUGGAAAGAUGCACCAAGAUGAAGGACUCAGAGACCUUAAGCAAGGACAUGUCCGCUCCUUGAGUGAACGACUAAUGCAGAUGUCACUAGCCACCAGUGGGGUUAAGGCACAUCCACCUGUCACCAGCACUCCCCUUUCCCCACCACAACCCAAUGAACUCUACAAGAAUCCCACAAGUUCCAGUGAAUUCUACAAAGCCCAAGGGCCACCUCCCAACCAGCAUAGUCUGAAGGGCAUGGAACACCGAGGCCCCCCACCAGAAUAUCCUUUCAAGGGCAUGCCACCCCAGUCUGUAGUGUGCAAGCCCCAAGAGCCAGGGCACUUCUAUAGUGAGCAUCGACUGAACCAGCCAGGGAGAACAGAGGGGCAACUGAUGAGGUAUCAGCAUCCCCCUGAGUAUGGAGCAGCCAGGCCACCACAGGACAUCUCCUUGCCAUUGUCGGCCAGGAACUCUCAGCCUCACAGCCCUACUUCUUCCCUGACGUCUGGAGGUUCCUUGCCCUUGCUGCAGUCUCCACCAUCUACUAGAUUGUCUCCAGCACAACACCCCUUGGUGCCAAACCAAGGGGACCACUCAGCUCACCUUCCUAGGCCACAGCAGCAUUUCCUUCCUAAUCAGGCUCACCAGGGUGAUCAUUACCGUCUCUCACAACCUGGGCUGAGUCAGCAGCAGCAGCAGCAGCAGCAGCAACAGCAGCAGCAGUCAGGAGAAGCCUAUUCAGUUAUGCCUCGUGCUCAGCAGUCAGCUUCUUAUCAGCCCAUGCCAGCUGAUCCUUUUGCCAUUGUUUCCAGAGCCCAGCAGAUGGUUGAGAUCCUUUCAGAUGAGAACCGGAACUUGCGGCAGGAGUUGGAAGGAUGCUACGAGAAAGUGGCCAGACUGCAGAAGGUGGAGACAGAAAUCCAGCGAGUCUCGGAGGCAUAUGAGAACCUGGUGAAAUCGUCCUCCAAAAGAGAGGCCCUGGAGAAAGCCAUGAGGAACAAGCUAGAGGGCGAGAUUCGGAGGAUGCAUGACUUCAACAGGGAUCUGAGAGAGCGUCUAGAGACGGCCAACAAGCAGCUUGCGGAAAAGGAGUAUGAAGGGUCCGAGGAUACCAGGAAAACCAUCUCUCAGCUCUUUGCAAAAAAUAAAGAAAGCCAGCGGGAGAAGGAGAAGCUGGAAGCGGAGCUGGCCACUGCCCGUUCUACCAACGAGGACCAAAGGCGACACAUUGAAAUCCGAGAUCAGGCCCUGAGCAAUGCCCAGGCCAAGGUGGUAAAGCUGGAAGAAGAGUUGAAAAAGAAGCAAGUGUAUGUUGAUAAGGUGGAGAAGAUGCAGCAGGCCCUUGUACAGCUCCAGGCAGCAUGUGAGAAACGUGAGCAGCUGGAGCACCGACUCCGGACACGUCUAGAAAGGGAACUGGAAUCCCUCCGAAUCCAGCAGCGCCAGGGCAACUCUCAGCCCACCAACAUUUCAGAAUACAAUGCCGCUGCACUGAUGGAGCUCCUUCGGGAAAAGGAGGAGAGAAUUCUGGCCCUGGAAGCUGAUAUGACAAAGUGGGAACAGAAGUAUUUGGAGGAGAAUGUGAUGAGACAUUUUGCUCUGGAUGCAGCAGCAACCGUUGCUGCUCAGAGGGACACAACAGCCAUCAACCACUCUCCUAACACUAGCUAUGACACAGCUCUAGAAGCUCGCAUCCAGAAGGAGGAGGAAGAAAUCUUGAUGGCUAACAAGCGUUGCCUGGACAUGGAGGGAAGGAUCAAGACCCUCCAUGCCCAGAUUAUUGAGAAAGAUGCCAUGAUCAAAGUACUCCAGCAGCGCUCCAGGAAGGAGCCCAGUAAGACAGAGCAGUUGUCGUCCAUGCGGCCAGCAAAGUCUCUGAUGUCCAUUUCCAAUGCCGGGUCAGGCUUGCUCUCCCACUCAUCCACCCUGACUGGUACACCCAUCAUGGAAGAAAAGCGAGAUGAUAAGAGCUGGAAGGGGAGCCUAGGUAUUCUCCUGGGUGGAGACUACCGUGCUGAGUCUAUCCCAUCCACACCUUCGCCUGUGCCUCCCUCCACUCCUCUGCUCUCGGCUCACUCCAAGACAGGCAGCCGAGACUGCAGCACCCAAACCGAACGUGGAACCGAACCGAACAAAACUGCAGCUGUUGCUCCCAUCUCUGUUCCUGCUCCAGUUGCUGCUGCCGCCACUGCUGCUGCCAUCACUGCCACCGCUGCCACCAACACCGCCACUGCUGCCACCAACACCACUACCAUGGUAGCUGCUGCUCCAGUUGCUGUUGCUGCUGCUCCAGCUGCUGCUGCUGCUGUUGCUGCUGCCCAGUCUCCAGCAACUGCUGCUGCUAUUUCUGCUGCUGUUUCUCCAGCUGCUGCUGCUCAGUUUCCAGCUGCUGUAUCUGCUGCUGCUGCUGCUGUUGCUCCUGCUGCUGCUGCUGCUGCUGCUGCUCAGGUUGCUCCAGCUGCUCCGGCUCCGGUUCCAGCUCCAGCUCCGGUUCCAGCUCCAGCAGCGGCUCAGGCUUCUGCUCCGGCUCAGACUCAGGCACCAACUCCAGCUCCGACUCCGGCUCCUACUCCAGCUCCAGCUCCAACUCCAGCUUUGGCUCAGGCUGAGGCUCCUGCAAGUCCAGCUACCAGUUCUGGACCACGCCGUUUGUCUAUAACAAGUUUGACCUGCAAUCUAGACAAGACAGAUGGUCCUGCUUUCCACUCCAAUACUCUGGAAAGAAAAGCUCCUAUUCAGAUCCUGACACAAGAGCCUGAUACAGAGAUGGUGGAAUAUCUCAUCUGAGUGGCCCAAUCAAGAGCUGCAGUUUCUCAGCAAAGAUGCUUUUAAUAAUUUUCCCCUUUUGUUUGUUCUUAUUUUGAGGGUGAAGAUAAGGGUUGGGGGGAGGGAAUGUUUUUUAAAGGGACUUUUUAUUGGAACAAUGUAGUACUUUAGUGAUACCAUAUGAACUCCAGUCUGUUCUUGACUCUUUAGGAAGUACUUCUAAAAGAUAAAUUGAUGAGAAUGUGCUCUAAAGUUUAUCGUUUGGAGUUAUACAAAUACUGGGACUGUUAACAAGUAGAUAUACAUCGAUGUUUUCAAUGUGCUUAAAGUUGCUUUAAAAUGUCCCUAUUUGAGGUCAUUUUCAUUCGAAGAGCACAGUAUGUGUAGAAGACAGUUUGGAACAUGUAGUUAGAAAGUGGGAAGCCAGAGAGAACUUGAGUGUGUGCUGUUUUGUCUAGUCGGCAGCCACAGAAAACUCUCGCUUCAGGCUCAUGAAAUGGAAUAAUUUUUGUAGCUAUGUAAGUUGGACUAAAGGUAGGGAAUAUUGGGGUAUGAAAGGGUGCUAGAGCUAAUUCUCUCUCCGAGUUGCCCAGCUACCCUGCCCCAGCAGAUUGUUAUUGAUCUUCAUUUCAGUGGUGCUUUGGAAGUGGAUUUUUUUGGUACCCUUUUGGAGGUUCAUGCAUUCAUAUAUGUACUCUGGAGUAAUUUAUGCAUUUGGAUAAUUAAUAUAUUGCUUUCAGAUGCUAGGAGAGUAAAUUAACUAAGUGAUGCACAACUUCCUGUCUUGUAGGGAGUUAAACAUCAGGUGCCUUGACGGACAGUUGCGUGAGAUUUUGCACGCAGUUUUCUGUGGUUUGGGUGUAACCAUGAACAGUGCUUACUUGCCUUUCUUAGGAUCAGUCAGCUUAGUGUUUAUUUCUUCUACAGCAUAGAUUCACUGGUUGGGUCACCAGUCUCCAAUUGCCAAUUGUGGGCAAGUGAGGAACAUUUUUGUUGACAGGUUGAAUGCUUUGAAUUUCUGGUGACUACUUUAGAAUAGUUCAUUUUGUUUUCCUACAUUUUUAACAUAUGUCUGAAUAGGCAUAUGUGACUGUCACCUCCAAGGGAAUAGCAUCAGAAGUCCAAAGUACCAUGCUGCAGUCAGGGGAGAGGUUGAUUGCAGCAGUCUCUUCAUCUACCUCUUCUCAGUGCCAGUGACUCCAUCUUGGAAUCCCUUUGGGAAGCAGCAGGAAAUGUGCAUGUGGGCAGGGACCAAUGGAGGCCUUGCCAUAGGGCUGCCUCGAGGGACACCAAGGGAUGUCAGUUGCUGCAGGUCCCUGCCCCGUGUCACUUCUCUGCCCUUCAUUAAGGUGACAGAUAUGCAGAUAGUGUCAUUAAGAUCAGUUUGCAAGGGUAUGGGGAGGGUGAGGGGCGGGGGGG